AUGACGCAGGAUCAAAAAAUUACUGGAACAGUCGAGAAUGUACGUGUGGUGGUGCGAGUCCGUCCCAUGGACAAAAAUGAACUGACCGUCGGAGCUCGAGAUGUAAUUUCACUGGAUAAAAUCACCCAUUCCCUUACAAUAGUGAAUCCCCACGCCAUGGCUAAUGAACCAUCAAAAAUCUACUAUUUUGAUAAUGUCUUCGAUGGCAGCUCUAAUCAAUUGGAUAUCUAUGUGGACACCGCUCGUCCAAUUGUGAAUAAAGUCCUUGAGGGCUACAAUGGCACCAUUUUAGCCUAUGGACAAACAGGAACUGGCAAAACCUAUACCAUGAUCGGAAAUCCUGAUUUCCCGCAAACAAAAGGCAUAAUUCCCAAUGCUUUUGCCCAUAUCUUUGGACAUAUUGCAAAGGCAAAAGGAAACCAGAAGUUCCUAGUCCGAGUCAGCUAUAUGGAGAUAUACAACCAAGAAGUGCGUGAUCUUCUUGGGAAGGAUCUGGGAAAAAGUUUGGAAGUCAAGGAGAGACCUGAUAUUGGGGUCUUUGUUAAAGAUCUCACUACAUAUGUGGUACACAAUGCCGAUGAUCUAGCGAACAUAAUGCGAUCGGGAAACAAAAACCGCGCGAUUGGAUCCACCAAAAUGAAUCAGAACAGCUCAAGGUCCCAUGCCAUUUUCUCUAUAACUGUGGAGAGAAGUGAGCUGGCUGUCAAACAUGUUAGGAUGGGUAAACUACAGUUAGUUGAUUUGGCAGGUUCCGAAAGGCAAUCCAAAACGCAAGCUAGUGGGCAGAGACUUAAAGAGGCCACAAAGAUCAAUCUUUCGCUUUCGGUGCUGGGAAACGUUAUCAGUGCUUUGGUGGAUGGAAAGAGUACCCAUAUACCAUAUAGAAACUCAAAGUUAACCCGACUUCUUCAAGAUUCCCUGGGAGGCAACUCCAAGACUCUGAUGUGUGCCACUAUUAGUCCAGCGGACAGCAACUAUGUUGAAACUAUAUCAACCUUGCGUUAUGCUAGUCGUACCAAGAAUAUCCAGAAUCGAAUGCACAUUAACGAAGAACCGAAGGAUGCUUUGCUACGUCACUUUCAGGAAGAGAUCGCUCGUCUUCGAAAGCAAUUGGAGGAAGGAAGACGGUUGGAAGAGAUAUCAAACUCCACGGAAGAAGAUAAUACAUUUGAUGACGAAUGGGAGUCUCCCGUGGAAAUCGAAAUGGAGGCUUUAAUAGUAAAAAAAAAUUUUAUAACCAAAAAGGAAUUGGGCCUCUGUAAAACCCAAAAUCUGAAGGAAAUUGAUAUUGCUAGAGUGGAGCAGGAAAAGCUUCGUAAUAAACUUGUCUCCCUGGAAGAAAAAAUACUCGUAGGCGGAGAAAAUCUCCUUGAGAAAGCUCAAACUCAAGAGAAGCUAAUAGAGCAAUCAAUUACAGAGCUAGAAAAACAUGAAAAAUCUGAAGAGGCCCUCAAACAAACUUUACAGGAAAGGGCCAGCGAAAAGAUUGAUAUUGAAGAACAAUAUUUAACGCUUCAGGAUGCAAAUCAUGGCAUUACUAAAAAGGUUAAUCGGGUAAUGAAGAUGCUAACGGGUGUGAAAUCUGAGUUAGCUGAUCAGCAGCAGGAGCACCAGCGUGAAAAGGAGGGAAUAUUUGAGAAUAUUAGGAGCCUAUCUAGAGAACUUGCUUUAUGCGAGUUAGUGUUAAAUUCCUAUGUGCCCAAGGAGAUCCAAUUCCUGAUUAAUCAAAAUACCCACUGGGACGAAGCCAACGGGGAGUGGCAACUGAAAUUUGAGAAAUAUGCAGGAAACAAAGUGAAGAAAGACAACUCUGAUAAGAGUAAUCAUGAGGAAUUUGAUUUUCCGAAUCUCUCGAAUGUUUAUCUAAGAUACAAUACCGACGGAGUAAUCAAGUCCGCCAAGCGUAGGAUUUCGGGCGUUCCAAGGCCCAUAGCUAGGCGAAACUAA